CCUGGAGGGUGAGAGAGAGUUGUAUUAGUUUGUCUAAAGUAGCUUGAAUAGGUUACUUGUACUGAACAGGAAAAGUAGAAUUUAAAAAAAGAAGGAGCUGGCAACAAGAUGAGACAGUCGGCUUGGUUACAACAAGUGGAAACACUUUUUCCAAACUGCCCUUCAAGGUCUUUCACAUUUGGAGUUGUUAACUCCUCACUUGGCUGUAGGUCUCUCUAUUUUAAUCCUCUGCCACACACAAACGGUUUCUGUUUACACCUGCAGCAUUUAAUUUCUUUAUUUUAAAUUUUUUUUCAAUUUUACAGUUUUUCUCGAUUGCCAAGACACAUUACUUGAAACCUUCCCCCAAUUUCUCAAAAUCUAUUCACAAAACAUCUGACUCUGCUGGCAAAAUCAAACAAUGCCUUCAGAUUAUACAAUGCUAGUCAGUAACUAAAUGCUACAGAGCCUUCAUUAGAUGUUAUCUCAAAAAUCUGGGAACACAGUGUGCAGAUCAUGUAGUUACAGAAAAAAAAAGUUUACAUUAUUUCACACAGUAAACACAUUUUGCAAUGAAAACAAAAAAGUUUAUCAAAACUUGUACAGUGAAUAUCCUGUGCACUGCAAGUACAAAAAUAUCAAAUGUCUGCAUAUUAGCCACUUGUAGACCAAAACAGUAGUCCAACUGCAAAAGGCCAAAGAACAAAAACGAAAAGCACAUGACAGUACAUUAAAAAAAAAUAUUGUGAAACCGCAAAAUCAAUCGGACUCUCUGCACUCUGAACUGGCUUAUGUUCUCUACAGUUGGUUUGAUCACCUCUAUAGUGUCAUUUUGAGUUGUUUUGUGUAAACAAUGACAAAUGUGUUGUAGUUGUAUUUAAUACUUGCUGCCUGUGUUAAUCAUUUUGCAAAAGUGCAUCACAGUGUAAAAUGUGACUUAGUGUGUGAGAAUGUGUUAACAGUUAGAGUUAAAAAAAUGAAAAGAAGAGAGAAAUGGUUGCAGGCUUCUGUCCAUUUCCCAGCAGCAUCAUGAUCACUGUCGAGAGUGAUGUGGUACAGCAGUGUGGCUGCAUUCUCCUCCUCUGAUUUAUAGUGGCAGGGUAGCACAGAUGGAUGCUGCCAUCGCCCCGUCACUGACACACAGCACUGAGAGCAAAAGAACGGCAGGUCCCUUUGCUCUGCCAAGACAGUAUUACUAUGGCAACCAAACUGAUAAACCCCGCGUUUCCAGCAGCUUUUGUGAGAAAAGACAAAGCAGACACUUCCUGAACACACUCAGCCCAUAAACUUAAUGUGUCAUUCAGUGGCAGCCUGUUGGGAACGAGGCAUUUCCCAGAACCAGGGCGACCUCAGAGAGAAGACUUAGAUCAAAGAGUACAGUCCCGCCAUUAAAGCUAAAGCAAUCUUCAUUUAAGGGUUAUUAAAAGGGACCAAGUAGCUCCAUGUUUUUCUGUAUACUUAAUCUGCUUUGGCAUGCAUGCUUUUACCACCAUAAGCCUUGCAUUCUUUUAGUAACAUGCUCCAUAUUAUUCCUUUUCAUCUUAUAGUUUGUCUUUAUGCUCUGAAACAAGACAAUUGCCUAAGGAUUUAGUAGUGGAAAUCUGUCUCUAAAACCUCCAUCUGCAACAUCUGUUGGGUAUCAGUCUUUAUCAGGAUUACAUAAGGACACUGUUGCCCAUUAAUAUGCUUAGGGCAGAUCACAGCCUUACAAAAUUGUUUUCUAGAGACAGGAAAUACGGUGAGGGCUUUGUAGGAGAGGAAGUGGGCAUAUUCCUCCUCCGUAUCUUCAGCAAAGACACAGUGUCAGGCAGUUGUGUGGGUGGUUGCUGUUGGGAGAUGAGGGAUUACCAAAAAUGCAUUAUUUUUUAAAAAUCUUCAGGCAAGCUGACUGAUUCACUCCCACAGCAGCUAAAUUGGGUUUUUCACUGUUGAUAGGCAGGGGUUGAAGUCAAAGCCGAGCCCCGGAGGAGGAAGACAAUGCAUGACAGCGGUCCAGACCCGGACCAAGAGACCAAGGCCUGGCGUCAGGCUCAGCUCGAGCAGCGCCAUCUAGAGGCCUAUAGGAACCUGCACCGUAUCCGAGAUGCUCUCAGUCUCCGCUAUGCUGCCCUGCUCAAAGACAAGGUCCAAUCACAAAGACUAGUGCUGCAGCAGAGAGAUGAGACAGCCCGAGCAAAGUCAGAGAAUGGAACCAAGAAGAAACAAAAGAAGUUGGCCUUCUCCAAGCUGCAGCACAAUGACUCAUACCUGAAGUCCCUCCCUAAAACCAGCUAUUACCUGAUUUUUGACCUCCAGAAGCAGUUAGCUGAACGUGGACAUCUAAAGACCCAUCACGAUUUGGAGGACUUUUAUAGGUGCAUCACAUAUAACCGUCACCCAUCACAGCUCCAUAAAAGUCUGGAGGAUGUCAGGAAAAAGAUGCUGGAGAGCAGACCUGCAGAGGAUUCAAUGACUCAAUAUGAAAUCUCAGAAAAACAUCCCUGCACUGCUGAAGAGAGAGAACAUGAGGACCACUCCAGGUGGAGACUGCCUACACUGUUAUUAGAGCAUGGCUCUGGUUCGGCAGAGCUAAAUUUCGGUGGAAGCCAGGAGAAGGAUGAAAUUGAGCAAAUGUUUCCCAAGAUGAAAGCUCCCACAUUUGCAACCCUACAGCCUAACUUUAUGAAGAACUUCCAGAGCAAGAUGCCUGAUUUGAUUUUCCCUGAGAUUCCCGAGAAGAGCAAGAAAGCAGAGAUUUACUUGAGACGGCUGAGACAAAUGCAUGAUCUUUGUUUAACCAACAUGGUUUCGUCCCAAAGACUGUUGGACAGGGAGACAGACUCACUGUGCUGGCAGGAGGAGCGAGGCAACCAAGACUUGAUGCUUCCAGGCAUUGACUCCAAACAAGGGAAGACAAGCCAAACCAACCAGCCGCCUCGCUGCUCUCUGAAACUGCCAAGACGUGUCCGGAAUGACCGACCUUCACAUCCCCAGCAGCUGGUCAGAGUGACUUCAGCCAGCCACCGAGAUCUUGAGACUCUGGUUUGGGACGCAGCAGCGUGCCGCCGUAAGACACCUGAUCCCUUAUCCAUUGAAGAUGUGUGUCAACAAAAGCAUGUAGAGCUUAUAGACCGUGGGUUCAAGCUAUGGAGAAACUAUACAGAGGACACAAAUCACUGAAGUUAUACCAUCUGUUUACAGGGAAUAUGUGCAGUUAUUAUUGUAUCUGUUAUCUGUAAAGUGCAGUUUAUGGAUGCAUUAAUAUCUCACAUACAUGAACAAUAAAAAGAAUUUAACGUAAACAGCAUGUGUUUAUUUUUAAUGUUGUACUGAUUAACUACUAGCAUAUAUUUUUAUACUGACAAUAAUAAUACAACAGUAUGUGUAAGUAAUUA